AUGAAAAUUCCAAUUCACUUGUGGAAUGCAAAGGGAAUAAGUAUGAUUGCAAGUGUUCUAGGUAUACCUUUGUUAAUAGACAAGCAUACAUUAUCUAGGACUCGUAUGAGCUUUGCUAGGGUUUGCAUAGAGAUUGAGGCAGAUUUCAGCUAUCAUGCUACUAUCCCUAUGUCUUUUGGUGGCAAGGAAUUUGAAGUGCAAGUGGAAUACUCAUGGAAACCUCCUAGAUAUCUGGCUUAUGCUUCUUUUGGUCACUCAAGCGGAAAAUGCAGUAAGGACUCUACACACAAAGUUGUGAAGAAGAAAUGGGUCCCUAAAAAGGCUAACGAAGACAAAGAAAAGGAGAAAUCUUUGAAUCUGGGCAAAGGGGAUUCGAACAAUGGUGAAGCGGCAGAAGAUGUGAUUGUAGCUCAAGAAUCUACUCCAAAGAUAACUUUAGAGGUAGUUGUUAUCUCAAAUGAACAAAAUGUCAUAGUGCAGAUUAUGAAUGAGACUGGAUCCGGAAAUGAAAGGGUGCUGGAAAUGGUAUCCUCGCCAUCAUCAAAGUGGUAUACCAAAAGGUCGAAGUCUACUGGUAAGAAAGGAGAAGUGCCUGCGAAAACUACAAUAGGUUACAUGAAUCCUUUUAGUAUUUUAGAUUCUGAACAUGAAAGUGAAAAUGAAAUGGAGGGAGUAGACAAUCUAGAGGUAGCGGUGAAUGCUCAAGUUCAUGUCUCUAUUGAAGAGAAAAAUCUCUCCAAUUUCAAUGAGUGUGAUGAUUCAGAGUACGAAACUAAAUUAUGA